UGUUUACUAAUUUGACAUUUCGUGAAAUUUCUCUCACAUUCAUGAUUCAUCGUGAGUAAACUGUAUGUAAAUAGAUUAAAUAAAGUAAUCACGUGACAGCUUAUCGGCCAGAUCAGACCUUUAUUGGUCAUAAUCUGGCUGAAAAAGCUGUAAUCAACUUCAAAACGGCAUUUAGAUUUUUGACUCGGACGAGCGAAGUAGAACUUGAAAGACGAGGAACGAAAAGAAAAAGAUCCGACAGUAGUGAAGCAGUUAACGAGACAAACUUUACACGAUUUGUUAAAAGAUUAAAACGAAGGGCAAUGACAAUAGUCAGAUACUUCUUGCCAGAACAAUCACCAUGGGGUUUAUUUGGAGACUGGGGUCGAGAUUGGCAUGUGCAUGACGUUCAUGGUGCAACAGGACCCUGGUUUGAUGACUGGCGUGAACCGCAGCAUUCUUCGAGAUUUAGUAGAGAAAUUCCAAUUCAAAUAUUACAUGGGAACCAUUAUCAGGAAACAGAUUCUUGGGACGAAUGGUCUGAUUCAGAUGACUUUGAUAUGAAUACCAAUAGCCGACAACAGCGUAAACGUCGUUAUGAUGAAACCAUUACAAGAUCAUCAAGACUACCUCGUGAAUCUACUGUACCCAUAUGUAUAGACUUAGAUGAUGGUAAAAAGGUUGAUUCAAAAAGAAAGACGCCGCUUCGCGAGUGUCGGAUUAAGUACUCAGAUUCCGAAAACUUGUCACCAACUUCAAGAUAUCGAACAAGAUUAUCAGAAAACAAACUUGACAAACCCGACUAUGUUAUUUGUGAUAGUGACACUGAAAAUGAUAUCAAUGCUACGUGCGAUUAUUCUGUUUAUGAGUAUUUGAAAGCUUUCUUGAACUCAACCGGAAGACAGAUUGAUGCAAUAAAAGGUGACGGAAAUUGCUUCUUUAGGGCAUUAAGCAAGGUGAUUUAUGGAAAUCAGUCAUUCUAUAAUGAAAUUCGUCAAGGUGUUGUAGAUGUGUUAGAAGAAUAUCCUAAAAAAUUUGAAGCUUUUGCCGAUGGUCCUAUGUCUCAGCAUAUUAGAAGUAUGAGGGAAGAUAAAACUUGGGCAACACAGACAGAGAUAUAUGCGGCAGCUACGUUACUUAAUCGGGACGUUUACAUUUUAUCACCUGAUCAAACUGGGGAAACAUACAGAUGGUUACUUUUUAAGCCACAGUUUAAGUACAAUUCAAGUGUCACUGGUUGCAAGUGCUACAUAACAAUUUGCCACACGCACGGGAACCAUUAUGAUAGAAUUGCGCCUUUGAAAAGUAAGGAAUGCAACUGUGGGCUUGAACCACCAGAAAUGUCUGGUGUCAAGGGUUCAGUAGAUCUGACAAGCGAAGAUGAAAUUGUUUGAAAGAAAAUGUAACUGUUUAACUUAGGAUUUUUGAAAUUAAAUUUAAUAUUCAUAAACAAUAUGUGAAUAAGAUUAAAGCCAGGGAUAUAAGUGUGCAUUGUUUUAAUUCAUUACAUCUGUUAAAAAAAACUAAAAGAAAAAUUCCAACUAAAAUGUGAUUUAUAUUAUGCCAUAGUAUAUUUAAUCAUGGUUAAUAACAUUGAUAUUUUACAAUUCAUCCUCUUGUCCAACUUAAUUCAUACUGAAAAAUAAUUCAAACAGAAUCUGGUUUUCAAACAGAAUUUUCACACAAGCAAUAAAGAAUAGAAUAACAACCAAUGUAACAAACAAAAUACUGUAAAAAAAAUCCAAAAUUCACUUUUAAUCAUUAUCACUAUUCAAUUUUUUAGGAAUUUUAAGAAUUAUCAAACUUUCUUGGACUGUUGACAAAACUGUAAGAAAUAUGUUGAAAAUGAAUCAUCAUUCCGCCAUUUACUCAUCUAUGUAUAAUGUUUGCAAUGCAACUCACUGUAUUUUAUUAAAUAUUUUUUGUUACAAAUUCUAGGUUAAUUUGUCGUUCUAUCUGCAGUGCUUGUAACCAGCUGCUUGUAACAUUAUUUUCUUCAUUUUGAAAAGUUUCAGCAUAUAUUUAUUUCUUACCACUUAAAACACUGAAAGGUUAAUGUUCCAUGGAACAAGAAAUGGACCUAUGACGUAGUUAAAUGAAUAUAAAUUGUUCUUGUGUAGUUGUUGGAAUUCAUUACAGAAUAUUAAAUGUAACACCCUUAGUUGCUAUACAUGAUGUAUAUUGUUAGGUCUAUAAUUCUGAUAUAGUGUUAUAUCCAUGUUCAUAGUGUUAAUCCUGUGUGAAAUUUAGUAAGAAACUUAAGAUAUUUACAUGUAUUAGUUUUUUGGAUUCUGUAGACAGGACUUGGCUAAAAUUUUGUUGAAGCUUGUAAAAUCUUUAGUCUUACUGAAAACAAAGUAUUGUUUAUAUCAAUCUGUUAAGUUAUGAAAUAUGUAUAUAAGUUACAUGUAUAUGUAGUUAAUUUAUUGCAUUAUUGUAUUGAUCUUUUAUUGAAUAAAUUGUAAGAAACAAG